UUCCGCAAAGCGGACGGAGAAAAUGUUUUCUCCAGUUUCUGUGUAAAUUACGAGGCAAAUUAGCGUUUGUUGUGGUAGAAGAGAUCUAGAGUAUGGAAGAAAAGAAGGCCCAGCACUCGGAGAAGUCCAAAAUGUCCACAUCUCGGCGGAUGUCUGCGCCAGGCGGGCGAGAGUCGCAGCGGGAACAGGCGCCCCCCUCCCACUCCCAGUCCAACCACAGCCGGGGAGCGGCCGCCUCGGCCACAGCUCUGCCCAAACCGCCGCCACACUCCCGCUCUAACAACAGGGCCGUGCCCAGGGGAGCCAGCAGCGGCAGGAUCGCAACGGGGGCUAGCAGCAGCCGCUCCACGGCGCGGCCUUGUAAGGAACACUCCUUCCUGACGGACGUGGCUGAUGUCAGACAGAUGGAACAGGGACUCAUCUCACUACUGCACGACUUCCACUCAGGGAAACUACAGGCUUUUGGUAAAGACUGCUCCUUUGAGAAGAUGGACAAUGUUAGAGAGAUGCAGGAGAAACUGGCAAGGUUGCACUUUGACCUGGAUGCUGCACAGGAGAACUAUGGUCUUGAUUCUGAAGAAGCGAAGGCCUCAGCUAAUAAACAUCUUGAUCAGCUGCUAGGAAAUUUGGAUCAGCUGAGCCAGUCAAUCCAGAGCCUGCAUCCAAAAGAGACCCCUCCUGCCAACAGACAGGACACCACACCGGGAUAGUUUAAGGUCUAUUCAUUAAAAGGUUACAUGAGAUUUCCAGUACCAAGAACUGAUUUUAGAGGAACCCCUCAUCCAUGAUGGUCAUCUGCAAUUUUGUUCUUUGUAAGGAAGAAUUUCUGCACUGUGAAAGCUAAAAUUGAUCAUGGUUGCUGCCAAACUUGUGUGCAAAAAUUUAGUUCAUCAUGCAAAAUACAGGCACACCUGGUCUGAAUUACUACACUAGUGUACAUAUUGUGAAUAAACAUGUUUGUACAGUCCA